CGUGCGGCACGGGGCAGACCUGAUGCAAACCAUUCAUUCAUCCUUCACAAAAAUGCCAAAGCGAGGGGGGUACGUCCAUUGUCUCACCAGGAUAUAUAAGGUAGGUGAGGCCAGUCGUGUGCCAAGCUCACAAGCUCACACGAGCUGAUUGAGGGGUAAGAGCAAGACAGACGCGUGCCUUUAACUUCAACACAAACUAUCUGCAGGACUCUGCAACACCUCAAACACCCAGUUUCAUCUCUCAGCCCACAUAAGGUUAUCAACAAUGGAAACUGUCUACUCCGACAUGGACACCUCAAGCUGUGACUACUCCUUUACGCACACCGACGAUGAAGACUCGGGCAGCAGCCUCCACCCCGCGUCCCCCGCGUCCUCCUGCGGCAAGCCACCUGCGUCUCCAACCGAGCUGCAGCAGAAAAAGCGGCGCAGGGGGCGCGCGAGGAACGACGGCACCGUGCACGUGGUGAAGAAGAACCGCCGGAUGAAGGCCAACGACCGCGAGAGGAACAGAAUGCACAACCUCAACGACGCCUUGGAUUCGUUGAGAAGCGUGCUGCCUGCCUUUCCCGACGACACGAAGCUGACCAAAAUCGAGACUCUGCGCUUCGCUCACAACUACAUCUGGGCACUUUCGGAGACCAUCCGAAUCGCUGACCAGCGGCAGAGCAAGUCAAGAGACCCUCCGUUGCUGCUCCCCGGACUAAGCUGCAUGGGAGAUGCGCCCAGCCCCGGCCGGGACUCUUGCUCCUGGCCAUCCAGCGCAUCCUCUUCGUCUUCAUCCCCAUCUUAUUGCAAUUCAGACCCGAGCAGCCCCGCAGCCAUGGACGAUUAUGGAUAUUUGCAAACCGAUGUAGUUUACAGCUACACCAAAUUCGUACCAAGCAUCUAUUAAUGUGACCUAAAGCAUUCUCAUGUCUGUAUAGAGUCUGCAGAAGUAUGUAGUGUAAUAUCAAAGGAUGUUGCUGUUACUUUUCUAUUAGAACCAAGAGCACAGAGACAACAUUAGGUAUUCACUGUUUGCCUUAAUGACAGUUCACAAAUGAGAAUGUUUUUAUUUUUGUAUUUUCUGUACGUUUUGUUAUUGAUAUUGAUGCUUUUCCCGAUAUCUUUGCACUUUUUUGCAUUCCUUGGAGGAGCAUGACCUUAACCCCUGUUAGAGAAAAUUAUAAUUUAAACCAAGACAGAUUGGCCUUUGCAGUCCAAGGUGAAAAGUCAAUAUUACAAUUUGUAGAGCGAUAAAGCAGAAAAACGAGCGUGAAAAUUCAGUUUCAACGCUGUGACAAUAGGCUGAAAGGACAAGACAAAGAUCUGGCCUUAUGCAUUAUGUAUUUUGACCUGAAGA